UUAUUCAACCUUAAGAAAGAAAUUCUGACACCUGCUAAAACGUGGAUGCUCCUAGAGGACAUGAUGCUGAGUGAAAUAAGCCAGACGCAGAAGGACAAAUACCGUCUGAUGCCGCUCAUACGACGUCCCUAGGGGAGUCAAGUCCGUAGACAGAAAAGCAGGAGGGUGGGUGUCGGGCUGGGGCGUGAGUGUUUAAUGGCGACAGAGUUUCGGUUUGGGAAGACGGAAAGUUCUGGAGAUCUACUGCCUAACAAGGCCCGUAUAGUUUACGCUACUGAACUGCACACUUAAAAAUGGUUAAGAUGGUUAAUUUUAUGUUUUGUGCUUUGUACCACAAACAAUACAAAAAAGACCAAACGAAAAGAUUGUGGUUCAUGACAGAGGUUCAGUAUAUGUUAGUUCCCUUUUCUGAGUAAUAUUUUAUGCUAAUUUCACCACUGUAAUCAAUACAUAUAUGAAAAAACACACCUUCACAGCAACACCUAGACUAGUGUUUGGGCAAACAUCUGGGCUUGUAGCCUGGCCAACGGGAUGCAAAACUGACCCUCACGCCCUCCUUCUCCGCAGGCCCUUGCUCUCCCUGCACCCCCUGCCCCACUGCCGUCGUGCGGCAGCCCCCACCAGCCUUCUUCUCCUCCAGCUGUGGUCUGGGUGUAGAGAUGCGACUAGUUUCCUUGAAAUGGUCUGGGGAUUUUUGAGGGAAGGGGUGGGAAAAUCUUUUCUCACCGUCACAAAGCCUGAAGCCACAGCCCGGAGCAGCCAGGACAAAGGUAGGGCGCCCAGAGCCGGCUUCUUCUUCCAUCCUGGCCCGGGGCCGCUGGCCCGGUGCCCGCUGGAGCCAUUUUGUCCCCGUCAGCACAGAUCUUGCGGCCUCAGCAGCUGUCCUGGGCCUCAGCAGGAAAUGUCCCUGUGGCUUCCAUAUUCUGGCCCGCGGAGGGCCAGCCAGGCCGGUGGGGUACAGGGCAUACCUCGCCUGCUAGAUUCGUCAGGUGGCCAUGGGGCCGAGGCAGAUGUGUGUCGGCGUGCGUGACCCUGGGGGCCAUGCACGGGGGUGAAGGGAACUAGUGGGGGCCUGUCUGUGACCAUCGCUGGGGGCAGGAGCUGGAGGGGGGAUGGGAGGAGCCCCCUCAGCCCCAGCUUGUAAUCACAGACCUCCAAGCGCCGUGGCCGGGCCAGCAGGUCACUGCCCGGACAGGAGCACAGGGACCUGGGCCCGGGGUCGGGAGCCAGAGCCACCACCCCACGUUGGGGUGGCGGCGGGUGUGUGUCCAAGGGCUGAGCGCACAUAGGCGGGGGUGUGUGUGCUGCUGUGGCGUCUUGUUACUAAACAGCCAGGCCACGGGGCUCCCUCGGGAGCCAGCUUUGCUCUUCUGAGCGGAAGGGGGUCAGGUUUCCCUGAGAAUAGCCCCGACCGCCCAGAGGCACCUGGCUUGGCCUCCCCGUGGCCAGUCCAGCCCCCUGGUCCCAUCCGCUCUGCAUCAUCUCGCCCCUAGUUCGUGGCCAGCUGUCUUCUCCUGGGACUGUGGACCCCCAGCCCCUCCUGCACAGGGUGGCCCGAGGGGGACCCCAGUGCAUGUUUAUUGAACCUGUCUUUAGAGGGUGUCUGCAAAGUGCUGGCACCGUGCUGGGCCCUGGGUCCUUGGGGAUGUGAGGGCGACACCUGGCCAGGGAGGGCCGUCAACAAGAACCCUCACCAAGAAGUGAUGACAGCCCGUGGGGCCUCCCGCUGCACAGUGGGGGAAGGGGCUCACUGGGGAGAAGGGAACAGCCCUCUCCUGCCCUGGCCCACGAUGUCCAUCCUUGCUGUGGCCCAGGGGGGCCUUGGCUGGGACCCAGGGUCAGAGAGGGAGCUCUGGGGUGAGGGGCUGCUCAGGCCAGGAAGGGCCACGUGGGGAAGGGCCAACCUGUCCCAAAAUAGGGCUGACAGGAUCUCCCGGCCAUAAAAGGCUCUUGGAAUCUGGACCCCAGGGACCCCGGGCAGCUGGAUCCGCUAAAGCUCAGCCGCCCCCUCUGCCCCUUGUACUCUGCCCACAGCAGCUCCAGCGCCACCGUGCAGUGUCCCCUCAGCCAGCCACAGACAUGGUAAGGCUGCUCCCGGCGCCCGGCAGAGCCCCCGGCGGGCUGGGCUGGGUGGUCCAGCAGGAGCUGGGCAGUGCCUGGGCGAGAGAGGACGGCGGGCAGGCCUCUGUGCACACGGGGAUCAGGCUGGGGCCGUGACCAAAGGUGGGAGGGUCUCUGGGGACCUGAGGAAGAUGUCCAAUAAGGCUGGGGGGAAAGCGCGGAGUGGGGGGCCCGAGGCGGGGCCCUGCCGGCCACUGGCGCUGCUCUUGCUCUGGGGCCCAGGCCGGAGCGGCCCUUUCGGAAAGCGGCCGGGGCGGUGGCAGGCAGGGUGGCCCGGCCCUGGACUAUCACUCUGGGAUGCCAGAACAGGCUGGGGCCUUCACCCUGGCCCCCAGGCCAGGCUCCUCCCCACGCUGGCCAUGGUGUCCCUCCCCUGGCCUCACUGGCUGUCCAGCGCUGCCCCACUGCACUCUCACGUGGCUGGCCUGCCCCUGCCUCGAGCGCCGUCCCCUCUGAGUGGCCUCGCGGAGCCUUGCUCUCCCCUCAAGACCCAUCCCUGUGCCGCCUGGCCUCAAGCAUGCUCUGGGCUGGGGCCUCCAGCCUCCCCUGGACUGAGGGGUGGAGGGGCUCCUGGCGAGCCUGGGCCCGUGUCCCCACAGACGGAGCGCCUGACGGCGGAGCAGAUCGAGAAGUACAAGGGGGUCUUUGAGAUGUUUGAUGAGGAGGGCAACGGGGCGGUGAAGACGGACGAGCUGGAGCGGCUCAUGAGUCUGAUGGGCAUCAACCCCACCAAGAGCGAGCUGGCCUCCAUGGCCAAGGACGUGGACAGAGACAAGAAAGGGUUCUUCAACUGCGACAGCUUCCUGGCGCUGAUGGGGGUGUACUGGGAGAAGGCCCAGAACCAGGAGAGUGAGCUCAGGGCGGCCUUCCGCAUCUUCGACAAGGAGGGCAAGGGCUACAUUGACUGGGACACGCUCAAGUACGUGCUCAUGAAUGCGGGCGAGCCCCUCAGCGAGCUGGAGGCCGAGCAGAUGAUGAAGGAAGCCGACAAGGACGGGGACGGGACCAUCGACUACGAGGAGUUCGUGGCCAUGAUGACUGGGGAGUCCUUCAAGCUGGUCCAGUAGGAGCAGCCACUGCGGCCGUGGGAAGCCCGCUGCCUGCUGCCAUCACCCUGCUGCCCACCCUGUCAUCCAC